AUGGGAUCUGGAGAAGCAGACAACAUGGAUGAGGCGAGCCUCAAUAGUGGCAGCGAAGAAGGCGAGGUCUUUGAAGCCGAGGCGUUAUCGGGGGAUAUCUGUGAAGAUCCGGACGACAGCGAGAGUGAUCAGACGGGCGGUGAGGAAGCCGGAGAAGACGAUGAAGACGGCGACGAAGAAAACGGAGGAGAAGACAAAAAAGCAGGCGAAGAAGAGGAUGGAGAAGAUGAAGAAGAAGAUGAUAGUGAAGAAGGUGAAGAGGCCAGUGAUGGUGGAGUUGAAGAAAACUGCAGCAAUCUGGAUUCUGAAAGAAUUGCAGGUGAACCUGCUGAAUCACUUCAAGGAAGCAGACCGGGUAUCUGGCAUCCACAGCAAGAAGAAAAGGCCCGCAAAGGAGGCGGCGAAAGCGGUGCUUCAAAGCACAAAGUCAACCCCUCCCUCAACGGGGUAGCAGAAGUUUCUACGAUCGCUUCCCCAAACCUAUCUACUAUCACCCAGAACGGAACCAUGCCUCCCAAAAUCACACAGGGUAAACCGAGGAGAAGCCCAAUCCCCACCGGGACCAAGAUAUUCGAUGUGUCCAUUGCGAAUCACCCAGCCAUCGAGACGAGCGAUGCGAUACUCUAUGGCGAACCUUUGACUAUGGAAACCUCGACAAAAAGUCGGCUCUAUUCUCGCCUUUGCUCGCUGUGCGGUGAAGAGGGCCAUUACGUUUCGGACUGCUCUCGAAAUGGCGCUCUCUACGAGACCAAGACCUGGAGGCUGGAGACGUUACAGAAGUGUGUCGACAAGACUUCUCGCCAAGGACCUAUCUCGGAGUUCAAAUCCAUCACACUUACUGCUACUCCUCGUGCCCCGUAUGAGAUGCGGCGGCCUGAGCUUGUGGGGAAGACAUUCAACAACAUCUCUUUCGACUCGGACGACUCAGACGAGGCCAAUUUCUUAGCAGAUCGCGUCCAGCCGAAGAAGCCCUUGGGUCGUAUCGACCUUUCGACCAACAUUCAGUUCGCCGAUACUUCCAACCCCGCCCCCAUCUCGCCAGCUCCACGCCCCCGCAGGGUCCGGCUGCAGGAGGCCGGCCAUCGGACAGCCGCCGUUCGAUGCACCCACUGCCCCCACGGCCACAGGUACCGGCUGCUCCUCCCCGACGCGGCGGCUUUCACAAUGUGCCCCUCCACCAGGGCUUCAUAG